AACGUUCAGUGUCAGCUUCGAGCUGAUUCCGUCACUGUUGUUUUUCUUUUUUCAUCUUUUUAUCUCUUGAAUUUCCGUCGAAAAAUCAAACCAAAUCCGUAUAAUUCCGUGAACAUUCUGUUCGCAAAGGCAUCGUUUUUCGAAUCUGUGAUAAUUUGAGCAGUUCCUGUUGCAGGUUACCUCGGGUCAGAGGAAUUUGAAGACGCUUGCGGGUGGAAAAAAUAGGUGCGUAAAAAACAAAAACUUGUUUGCUCGUGGCUGUGCGAGUGAAAAGGCAUCAAGGUUGGUGAGGAAGAUUUCGUUCCGUUCUUGGUUUGAUUGUUGCAAGUACGAGCAAGACGGUUGUCACCAGUGGCCAAGAACCAAGAGUGUUGAACUUGAACACUACAAGGAAAACGAAUAGAAGAAAACUAGUCUAGGUGAAUUUUCCUGCCACUGAUACGGAACAAUACUGAGCGUAUAAUCAGGCAUCAGGGAAAAAUUCUGACCUGCUUCGGUUGGCUGCAUAGAUUUUAUGGGAAAUAUCGUCCUCCGGAGUCGAGCGCUUGCCAACAUGAGUGACGCCGAGUUCGAAGAUGACGUUGAAAUCCUUGAGGAAGAUGAUCUGUUUGACGAACCCCAGGAUGCAGAUGAUCCGCUCAGCGAGAAUCAUCUGGUAUCGAUUUUACGGCAAUUGAUCAGUAGCGGCGAAAUUCAGAUCCUCAAUAAUGAACACUUCCACUCAAAGUCUCUUCCAGUUAUUAAGAGUCGACCGAAUUUGGAGCAGCUGAAGAAAAGUGCUGUCUAUCAAAGCAUCAAACAUUCGUCAGGAUUUGGUGCUGAUGGCGGCAGCCCAAUGGCGAAAUUUUCUAUUCUGGACAUGAUCGCCAAGCGACAGAGUGGCAUGGGACCAAAAGGUGGUCCUUUCCUGCAGAAUGACCGUUGCAAGUUGAACAAUCAAUUUUUGCCAAACAAAACCGAACACACGAUAGCCGACUGCAAAUCGAAGGUGUUUUGUGGCAGGUUUUCCCGCGACGGAUCUCAGUUUAUCUGCGCCAGUCAGGAUAGUCGGAUCCAGGUGUUCGAUGCGACCAAAGGCCAAUAUCCACUGGUGCGACAGAUUGAGGCCAAGAAUGUUUCCUGGUCAAUCCUAGACAUCGAUUUUAGCCCCAAUGGAGAGUAUUUCGUGUACUCCACUUGGGCAGAUGCACUAUUUGUGUCUCGCAUGCAAGAUAUUGGUACGGAUGAAAUUCACUGUUUGUUCCUGCGACCGGAGACACCGAAGUUUGGUGUAUUCACGGUAGCUUAUUCGAACUGUGGCAAACAAAUCCUGGCCGGGGCCAAUGAUGGCUGUUUGUAUGCCUACGAUAUGGUUGAUAAUCGGCGUGUACUUAUGGUUCCGGUGGCAGAGGAGAAGCAUGACGUGAACGCUGUUGGAUUUUUGGACGAAACAUCGCAUAUAUUUUUCAGCGGUUCCGAUAAUGGAAUGAUAAAGAUUUGGGAUCGUCGUUGUCUUAACGAAGCCAACCCGGCACCGGUUGGAUCUCUGGUGGGACAUUACGACGGUAUUACGUAUAUCGAUUCACGAAAUGAUGGGCGACACAUUAUUUCUAACUCGAAGGAUCAGAGUAUCAAGUUGUGGGAUUUGCGUGUAUUUUCUCCUUCAGAUGCUGAAGCUAAAGCCAAAGAUCAUCUCAGCUAUGGCCGAUGGGAUUAUCGAUGGGAUGAUGUUCCGAAACGAUUUUACAAUCUAACGAAGACCCUUGAAGGUGACACCAGUGUGAUGACCUAUCGCGGUCAUAGAGUACACAAAAGUCUGAUACGAGCCAAAUUCAGUCCAGCAUCGACCACAGGUCAAAGAUACAUCUACACUGGAUGCGGAACUGGACGGCUGAUAAUUUACGACGCGUUGACCGGAAAAAUUGUCCAGGCUAUCGAAAGCCACACGGAUACCGUCAGAGAUGUGGCGUGGCAUCCGCAUCGCCCCGAGAUUGUGACGUGCUCGUGGGACUUUCUGGUAAACCUCCAUACGUAUCAGUAUACAACUCCAUACGCCAAGAAAGCAACUCAAUACACAAACCGGCGAGGCCGCUCGGAGGACAGUGACGACGAAAGCGAGGAUGAAAGCCCGCCACUGCGACGUUCCCGGAGAAUCGCGGAACUUCGUCGGACUCAAAUGAACUACGAGUAACAUCCACAUGUACAUAGAAAAUUUACAAUAGAUAAGUAAGGACCCAGCAAAGACAGAAAAAAAACAAAACAAGUCACCUUUUCGCUUGCCACUAAGCAAACAAUAAUUAUAUUACAAAUUACACACACACACACUAGUUGAAUAACGUGGUGUCAAAGGUUGUCAACCUUCAUGUACUAUUUAGCAGAGGGCGUUUGUGUGGCGAAUUUCGUUUUUUAAUACACAGGUUUUUUAUCCGAUAGUAAACAUUGCGCGUUUGCAUUUUCUUUGCCGCUGACCGAAAUGCAUGAGAUUUUAGGAAAUAAUAUCUGCUCUAAAGGAAAGCCCAUUCGAAGAAUAAAUAAAUUACUAUAACAUUAUUAGUACCUACAAGCAUCAAAUUUACCCGAUUGAUUUCUUUUACAGUUUUUUCUUCUAUUAACUGGGGAAAAAACAGUCCUUACUGGAGAAUGCAAACAGGUUUGCCCUUUUUAAGCCCGAGAAAUUUGUUCGUUCGAGGAACUCUUCAACUAUUGAAAGAUGCGUAAUUUAUUAAGACAACCUUGAUUGGUUGGGAUAUAGGAUAUACUACAUUUACUAAGUUGAUAUUGCAUUCAAUAAAGUCAUACGUGAUAUCGUUUAA